CCAAAUAAAGAAUUAUGCACUUAACAAAAUAAUAACCAAAAUCCGAAAGUCAAGAACCCCACCAGCGCAAGUCCCACUCCCGCUACACCACUACUCUCCUCUCGCAAGAAAAAGUAAAGUUCUUUGGCUCAUCUUUUGGCCAAUUCUUUAACCUCAAACUCUUGUAUUUUUAUUUUCCCUUCAAUAAUGGGUUGUCUUCAUCUCUCUUCCACCUUCCUUUCUUUCUUGUUCUUGAUUUCUCUCCUUUCAGAAGUGAAUCCAGCUUCUUUCAAGAUCGUCAACAGGUGCCGCCACACGAUAUGGCCUGGCUUUCUAUCCGGCGCCAACACACCUCAGCUUCCUACUACUGGCUUCGUUCUUAACCCUGGCAAAUCAAGAACCGUAACGAUACCCAGGUCUUGGUCCGGUCGACUCUGGGGUCGAGCCCUUUGCGGCCAGGAUUCCUCCGGUAAAUUCGUUUGUCUUAGCGGCGACUGUGGCUCCGGUCAAAUCGAAUGUUCCGGGAGUGGCGCCAAGCCGCCAGCCACUCUCGCGGAAUUCACUUUAAACGGUGCCGGAGGAUUGGAUUUUUACGACGUGAGCUUAGUCGACGGAUACAAUUUGCCGAUGUUGGUCGUGGCCAAGGGAGGAAAAGGCAACUGUAGCGCCACGGGUUGCUUAUUGGACCUCAACGGCGCGUGUCCUCCGCAGUUACGUGGUGACGGGGGCGUGGGGUGUAGGAGCGCGUGUGAAGCUUUCGGAGAUCCCCAAUACUGUUGCAGCGGUGCGUUCGGAACGCCUGACGUGUGUCACCCGUCGGUAUUCUCUUUGUUCUUCAAGCAUGCUUGUCCACGCGCGUAUAGUUACGCGUAUGAUGAUGUUACGAGUACGUACACGUGUGCAGGAGCUGAUUACGUCAUCAUAUUUUGCCCGCCUCCUUAUUCCAGCCAAAAAGUAUUGGGCGCUCGGAAAGACGGAGCACUGGUACCGCUUGUGAAUAAGAGUACGAUAUACCUAUCACGCAUACAUGCGAAUAGAGCUGCAUUAUCAGAUUGCUUACAGCUAUUGGGGUUUCACGUUUGCCACAAGAAGUAUUCUGUAUCUCCCCUGCACUCAAAGGUUUUAAUUUUUUACUGUCAAUCUAAUACUUGUAAGUUUAGCAAGGCUUUAAAUUUCAAGUAUGUACAGCUUGAAUGCUCAAAUAAGCUCAAGGCUUUUGUGUUUCACAGUAUACAUACGAACCACAGUCACUUCGGGAAAAUGUUCUAACAAUGAGCUUGAAAACACUUAAAUGUUCUAAAAAUGCUCAAAUAAGGAUUGUUCUAAAAGUGCAAGAGAUCCUUCAAGCUAUCAACAGAGUGAGGAAAAAAGAAAACAGUUGUUAGAUUAAGCUGAAAACUUUCUUUGCAAUGAAAUCUAAUUUGCUUU